AUGUGUCGGAUGUUGGUUUCAGUCGGUCUGGGGGCUGUGGCUUUUUAUGCUGGGUACAAGGCGUUUAAACAUGUGCUGGAUCAAGAAGCAUUCCCUGAAAACACGUUUUUUGAAAAUGACCUUACAGAGAGUGACCCCUCAAAAUGGAUGGCUGACCCAAUUACACCUAUUACAACUCUUCUUCAAUCAGGUGGUAUUCGUUCGAAGAUGGAAAUACUUUGCAUGGAUCUGCAAUCUCAUUUAUGUCGAUGCAUGGGAGCUAUUGAUGGCAAGGCACGCUUUACCGUCGACCGUUGGAUACGUGGAAAUGACGAAGGUGGUGGCAUCUCUUGCGUACUUCAAGAGGGAGGUGUCUUUGAAAAAGCCGCCAUCAAUAUCAGUGUGAUGACUAGUAGUCUCUCCGACUCAGCUCUCAAGCAAAUGAAAGAAAGGUUGAAAGAACUGGAGAACGGACGCUCGUAUAAGUUUAGCGUAGUGGGGAUCAGUUCGGUUAAUCACCCGCGAAAUCCUCACGCACCAACGAUGCACUUUAACUACCGUUACUUUGAAGUAAUCGACGUGGAGACGGGUCAAAGCAUAUGGUGGUUUGGUGGGGGCUGUGAUCUAACCCCCUCCUUCCUCUACGAGGAGGAUGUCAAACACUUUCAUGGACUCCAAAAGGCUGCUUGUGAUGCUCACAGUCCUUCCUAUUACCACGACUUCAAGAAGUGGUGUGAUGAGUACUUUUUCAUCAAACACAGAGGUGAAGCACGGGGCGUCGGUGGCAUCUUUUUUGAUGAUCUGGAUGGCCCCUCGCAAGAUGAGGUCUUUUUGUUUGUUCGGGACUGUGCUGCUGCUGUGGCACCAUCUUACUUGCCAAUUAUCAUGAAACGGCUAAAGACAUCCUAUAACGAUGAGGAGAGACAGUGGCAGCUGCUACGCCGUGGCCGCUAUGUGGAGUUCAAUCUAAUCUAUGAUAGAGGUACCAAGUUCGGUCUCUUCACACCAAAUGCUAGAAUUGAAAGCAUCUUUGUUUCGAUGCCUUUAUACGCAAAAUGGGUUUACUGUCACGAUCCCUCAGAAGACAAAAGACAUUUGGAAUUGUUGGACGUUUUGACUAAACCGCGAGACUGGGCCUAG